CGUAAGUUGAACGGUCUUAACUAAGGUCUGUUCCAUUGGCAGGAAAGGAAAAGUUAACCUUUCUGUGGAAGUAGUACGAGAAGGAGGCAAGGUACCCUGAAGUGACCAAGUGUUCACAUGAAUCAUUGGACGCCAAAAUUGCCAUGCAAGCUCGGGCGUCGUUUGUGAAUCGCCUUCAGGGAGUAGUCGGUUGUGAGAUACUUCGUCUAUGUGAAAUACUUCGUCUAUUUAAGAUACUUUGUCUGUCUGUGUAAGACACUCGUUCAUGUGAGAUACUUCAUCAAUGUGAAGUGCUUUGUCUAUGGAAGGUUCUUUGUCUAAGUGAAGUACAUUGUCUAUGUGAGAGAUUGUGAGCAAUGAGAUGGAAUGUACAGCUUCAACUGGGUGAUCGAUUGAGCUGCGAAGCAACAACGAAAGCUCUGUCCGCCCUGUGAUCUCCUGUUGUGGACUCUUUCCUUCUGUAGGGGUUGUUAUUGGUGCUUUGGUCUUGCUUGAUGCCUGGACUACAAGAGGAGGAGAUGGGUAUGACAAUGACAGAGAAGGAAGAGGCAAAGCRGCGGAAGAAAAUGAAGGCUCUUUCAGAGGAUAGAGAUGCUGAUGGGUCUGGCAGUGGUGAUGAGAAGAGGAAGAAGAAGAGGAAGAAGAGAGAUGACGAUGGCGCUACUGCAAAUGGGUAUUCAAACAAAUACAGGAGGGAGGAGGCUGAGGGGGACAGCAGUGGAAAAGUGAAAAGCCGGAGACGCGAUGAUGAUGUUAUUGAGGAGGAGGGACGGAGGAACAAGAAGCGUGUCGAUGAGAGCGAACCGUUUGGCAGCGAGGGAAGAUGGCAGCCGGAGGGGGAUGUAAUACUGAACGGCAGGAGAAGACAUUACGAGGAUGGUAGUCUCGAGGAGGGGGAGGCUGUUGUCCAAAGGUGGGGUGAUCCGGAACCCUCAGACGAAGGGGAGGAGGAGGAGGAGGAGGAGAGCGACCCGUUGGACAUCAAGAAUUUCCGGCUGUCGAAGCCUGUGAGGGAUGCCUUGGAGAAGAAGGGCAUCAAGGCCUUGUUCCCCAUUCAGGCACAGACUUUUGAUUACUGUCUAGAUGGGUUCGAUGUGGUAGGAAGAGCUAAAACAGGGCAGGGGAAAACACUUGCGUUUGUUCUCCCCAUCAUCGAAAGCCUGUCCCGACCUGGUGCUAAUGUGUUCCCUGGUCGGAAGCUACCCAGUGUCUUAGUUCUGGCUCCGACGAGGGAGCUGGCAAAACAAGUCCAUGCAGAUUUUGAGAUGUUUGCAAAGACGAUGGGUCUGUCAACAGUGUGUGUUUACGGAGGUGCGAGCUUCAUUCCUCAAUGUGAUGCGAUGAGGAGAGGUGUGGACAUCGUUGUAGGUACCCCUGGACGAAUCAAGGAUCACCUGAAUCGUGGGGUGCUGAAUCUGACAAGGCUGAAGUUCCGAGUGCUGGACGAAGCCGAUGAAAUGCUGAACAUGGGAUUUGUAGAGGAUGUGGAACUGAUUCUGGGCGCUGUAGGGGACGCGCAGAAUGUGCAGACUUUGCUCUUCAGUGCAACGAUGCCUAAGUGGGUGCAACAGAUAUCAGCUCGUUUUCUGAAACCGGAGCGGAAAAUGGUUGACCUGGUGGAAAACCAGGUGUUGAAAGCGAGCAACACUGUCCGCCAUCUUUUGCUAGCGUGCAAUGCGGCACAGGUGGAGGGCGUCAUUGGGGAUGUAAUCCAAUGUUACAGCAAGGGAGAGGGAAGGACAAUCGUCUUCACGGAGACCAAGAACGCUGCAACUGAGCUCGUUUCGCGGCUGCSGAACGUGUCUGCRAAGGCACUUCAYGGGGACAUCGYCCAGGCACAGAGAGAAGUGACUCUGGCAGGUUUCCGCUCUGGAAAGUUCAAAGUGCUUGUAGCCACUGAUGUGGCAGCCAGGGGCUUGGACAUCGCCAAUGUCGAGCUAGUGAUUCAGUUAGAGCCSCCAAGGGAUGUCGAGAGCUACAUCCAUCGUUCGGGGCGUACUGGCAGGGCAGGGAAGACGGGCAUAUCUCUGCUGAUAUGUCAACCUGGAAGGAGAAGCCGUGUUGCCAUGAUCGAGAGGGCUGCUGGAGUGAGAUUUGAGAGGAUAACACCCCCGUCUUCUGCAGAUCUUGCCCAGGUGUCUACAGCAGGAGCUGUUGAAGCGAUCAAAGCUGUUCCCGAGCGUGCGGUGUCCUACUUCAAGGAAGCCGCUGAGUCUUUGAUUAAAGAGGACGGAGCUGUUGAGUCUCUUGCGAAGGCGCUGGCCAAGAUUGCUGGUCACCGCGCAGCAUUAUCACGGUCUGUGUUGACGUUCCUGCAAGAUGGUGUGACACUCCAUUUCCAUUCCGAAACUGAGAUAUAUUCGCCCGGUUAUGUGUGGACCUGCUUACGGAGGGUGCUCAGCGAGGACGUCGUGAACGAGGUUAAGGGAUUGACAUUGACGAUGGACCGAAAAGGGGCUGUGUUCGAUGUGCCAACAAAAUUUGCCGAACAGUUCACAUCCAUUACGGACAGUCGUGGGGGCGUAUGGGUUGAGGUCACAGAUUCGCUUCCGGAGCUACAAAAUGACAGGGAAACACCGGGGCGAGGUGGGCGAGGUGGUGGGAUGAGGUUUGGGGGUGGUGGAGGGGGAGGCUAUGGACGGCCUGGCGGCAGGGGUGGAGGAAGAGGUUUCGGCGGCGGCGGCGGCGGCGGCGGCGGUGGCAGACGCUGGUCAGGGUCAGGAGGCCGGUUUUACGGAGGCUCGAGGAGGUGAUCAAUCGUCGUGUGUUAUUUGCUGCCUGCUGCUACUUGGCGCUGAGGGGGGAUGGGAGGGGGGGGUGGGGGUUGGGGAGGUUGGGCUCACUGAUCUAUCGUCUUGCGAUUAGCAUCCUGUUAUGUCAUGUCUGCCUGCAUUGUUGCUGUUAUACUGUGCUCAUUUUAGAGCCUUCGUUCUCUGCGGCCACUGAGGGUGUUCCUGUAUUGUUGCUGUGAACCUUUCUCCCCUCUCUGAGAAAGGUAGCUUUCUCCUGUACCAGUGGGUGGAAAGGGUAGGGUGAGUGAGCAUUUGGUUCAUUUUUUCCUCUUCAGGUUUUGGGUUGCUGUCCAGAUUUUAUCAUCUCCUUCAACACGAGACGUGGUUGAUUGUACCCCUCGUUGGGAAUGCUGUUGGGACCGCAUCAGACCUAUCAAUGCAUUUCCUAAGUUUCUUGUUGUACCUUCGCCGGCUCUCAAGAACAGACUUUCUCCUGCAUCUGCAGGCGGAGAGAGUGAGGAUUGUUUCAACUUUUAUUGUUUGCUACAGCUUUUUGUCAUUUCCUCCGAAGGACAGAAGUGCAGUUUCUGGAUCGUACGUUUAGGAAACAUUUUUGUUGACCUCUGCCUAACACUCUCCGUGCUUUUUAGGUGCGUCGAGCCUUCCUUGAUCUCAUAAGUCAAUGUUAGGUCUUUGGCACGUGGCAAGAUAUGCAUUCAUUUUUCUUUCAGUAUGUCUCUGCCUCUGGCAAGAUAUGCAUUCAUUUUUAGUAGUGGAGCGAGGCCCUGGUCGUCUGUACCCAGCGAGAAAAGGUUGAAAUGCAGGCAGUGGUGGCUCUUGCAGUAUGUCUCUCUAGAGGACGGAGUGUUCGACUGUUCUUUCUCUAGGCGAAAUGCGUGAGCAGUCCUGCCUCUGCCUGUUAAGCGUCACAGGGUGGCGAUAAUUUCCUACUUGUGUAGGACACCUGUUCAUUUGUUUGGCUGGUCUUUGUCCUGUUUGCUGGUAGAAAAGGAAACCCAGUGUUCAUUAUCAUUCAUUUGGUGAGCGACAUGUGAUGAAUGGCGGGCAAUGUCCAGUCUGAAAUAGGGUGGCAAGUGGGGUUCGUAGGUCUGUCUGAUGAGAAGGAAAGGUAGGGGAAAUCACAAUGUGUUGACGAGGACGGAUGGACUGUGGGCUUUCUACACAACUUGUUUGGAAGUUGGGAGUAAGUGCUCUGUUUGAUUAGUCGUUGGCUAAUCAAUGGUUUGUGGCUGU